AUGCAAGUAAGGGCGCGGGCGCAGAUCAUGAGCCUGGCGAGGCGAAAUGUGAGGAAUGUCCUCCGAGCUCUCCUUGCUGCUCUCUCGAUAGCUCUCAUCGGCUUCGUCUAUCGGAGGAGGAAGCAAAUCUUGGAGUCGCUGCGGACAGGAGUCAACAACUUCCAUCGGGUUGCAAGGAACAUCAACGACCUUCUCUUCAGUAGCAGCUCUCUUGCCUCCGGCCUAGCCAAAGACCUUAGGGACUACAUCUACGGGGACAAGCAGAGAACCCCUGAGAGCUUGCGCCGCCUGAUCCUGCUCCUAUCGAGCAAGGAGGUACAGCAGACGCUACAUGGCACAGCACACGGGCUGCUGUCGGCUUUCUUUGCGGCGAAACGAUACGACGAGGAGCACAGGAAGGAAGGAGGACAGGACCUGAUACAUGCGGUGCUGGACAAGCUCAUGAGCGAGGAGGGAAGAGAAUACUCGGUCGCUGUCCUCCGCGUGCUGUCCCGGGAUGUCCUGAUGGCGUACCUUUCCUCCGAGAAGGGGGGGAGGGAGGGAGGGGAUCGCGUCGCUAGUCUCUUACAGUUGGAGAGGCAGUGCUUUGCGGCGAGGGAGAAGGAGGAGGAGCAGGAUGGGGGAGGGAGGGCAAGGGGGGAGCUGGAGGGAGGGGAGAUAACCCUUGAUCUUCUCUCUGCUGCAGGCAGAGCAAGGGCUGAUGAUUCUCCGCUAUCCCGGGCGCGGGAGGAGAUCGUGAGAGAGGACGCGAUGGGUAUGCGGCCAGGCAGCGCCGGUGCUCAUCGCUCGGGGGAGUGGAUGCAGCAGGAGCCCAGCAGGAGGCCGAGGGGAGACGACAUGGCAGGGCUGGAGCUAGUGCUCGAGAAGCUGCUGUCACCUCGAGGACAAGAGUUCGUCUCCUCCACCCUCGAGCGGGUCAUCUCGUCCUCGUCCAAGGAGAUGCUGCCGAUGAUCCUGGACCGAGUGAUUGCAGAGGGAGGAGGAGGAGGCGAAGGACGAGCGACAGCGUUGGAGACUGUCCUCCUCUGGAUCUCAGAUGAGCAGGCGGGACCAGCAGCGAGGAAGCUGAUUCAAGAGGUCAUGCGGGACUCGAGCAGGUCAGCUGGGGAGGUUCUCCUGCAGCUGUGGAGCAGCAAGCAAGGAGGGGCGAAGAGCCGGAGCCGAGGUGGGAGGGCGAGGAUGGCGGACAUGAGCCUUGAGGAAGCCAAAUCUCCUCCCUCCUUCACCCUAGAGCACUCUGCGCUCGACGAGCAUCAUCUCAACGACGUGACGGAACAGAACCCAUCCCUGCUCUCCUCCAAGUCUCCUCCAGCUGAAGAUCCGGAUGCCUCGGAGCUCUCCUCAAGCUCUCAGUCUGACGGGACUCUCCAGCUCAUUAUAAGGUUGGCUGAGAACUCUCAAGUGCGUUCCCUUGUCCGUGAGCUUGCCGUCUCUGUCACUCGUGAGGGGUCCCUCCUCCUCUUCCAGCUCGUGGCCGACCGACUGCCCUCCCUUCCUUCCUACAGCUUAUCCUUGACCAACGUGCGGUGGACAGCAGCUCCUACCGCCUCCAUCAUCCUCUGCGUCUCGCUGCUGGUCAACUGGCAAGACGCAACGCAGGCACUCGUGAAUGCUCUACUCCUCGUCUCGACCUUCAUGUUUGCUUACAUGCUAUCGAGAACGAGCUUUUCCGCUCACUAG